AUUACGAGAAAAUGGCGGACGUCGAAGCGAAAAACAAACGACAGGAAGCUCUGAAGAAAUUUAAAGAACUUCACAUGAGAAGGCAAUAGCGCGAAGUUUGAAGGAAGAUGGAAGGAAGAAGAAAAAGGAAACGCGAUUUUAUAGAAUCCUUCAUAGAAGAAGUAAGGAAAUAUCCGCAUUUGUACGAUAAGUCGCACAGAGACUAUAAAGACGCAACGAUGAAGAGAACGAUAUGGACCGCAGUGGGAGCGAAAUUCGGAAUGACCGAGGACGAGGCCGUGAAGAAGUGGCGGGUGCAACGAGACCGCUACAGGAGAGAGAGUCGUAAGAUAAACGAAAGUAUUUUGGACGGCACCGGAUCUAUCGAUAAAUACACGUCCGGUUGGGAACUGUUUCUCAUCAUGGAUAGUAUUUUAGGAAAAAAUCCUCUUCCGGAUGACAAAAUUAUCUCUAAAAAUACAGAUAUUUCAGAUGAACCGGUAGAAGAAAUACUUCCAGAUAUAAAGGAAACUCCCAAUAGUUACUUAUACCUGGAAGGAGCUAUUGAAGAAGAUAUAAGUAAUACUAUUCCAGAUUCUGGGAACAGCAUCAGAAAACAAAAAUUGGGGAAAAAGCAAAAAUGUGAUGAAGAUAAGAUCUUAAUCAAAGAGACAUUUUCUUUAUGUAAAGAAACAUCCAAUGAAUUUAGCAGUUAUAUCAGAGAUAAUAGCAAGAAAUUAGACAGAGUUGGUCAUUUCUGCGCUUACUUGGAAUGCAGGUUGAGGAAAUUCAAUGAAAUUGAACAGUUUGAAAUCAUGCACGAUAUUGAAAUACAGCUUUUAGAAAGAGAAAGUAAAAUAUAUGUAAGAAAAUAACAUAUUUUUAAUAAAAAAAAAAGUAUUGCUUUUAUCAAAUGAUUGUUUUUAUUUAUUCAUACUAAUUCAUUUUAUGUACAGAUAUGUGCCGCUUAACAACAGAGAUAUGUUUCGAAAAAUGUAUCAUAUGGCGUACAUCUUAGUAUGUUUAGACAAACCACAUAUUGUACUGUCUAGUAUUCACAUAGACAAUACGUAGCAUUUAUGUAUCUAAACAUAUGUAAACAUAGAAGAGGUAGUGGUGACUACAAAUUUCAUUUCAUUAUAAUCUUACAGGACUUUAUUGUAUGUGCACUCUGUCGUGAAGUGGUAAAUACCUUUAUAUAUACAGUGGGUAAUCGGUUAAUGAACAAAUCGGAUAAUGAGCACUUUCGCAAAAGAUUUUUAUGUUCGGACAACAGAUACAUGAUCGGAUAACGAACACCUCACAGAACAAAUACAAGAAGAAGCAAUGUAAAAUAAUGAAUACUGAUUGGUCUUCCCUUGUUUUCAGACAACAAUUCAAAACUUUUUGGAGUGCAGGAAAUGUUGACAUUUACACUCAACCCAGUAUAUACUGUUCAGAUAGCAUUCCUUCAAACUUUGAAACUCUCUCUUGUAAUUCCAGCCUUUUAUUUUUCUGGCAGAAACAAUUCUUUUAUAGUAUUUGUGAGACUGUUGAGCGGGCACUCAUUAAGUUUUGCGUAGGUUUUUAUUUUCAAAAGGUGAGAGUAUAAUAGCAAAGGUAGAGAGUGGGCAGAUGUCUGAUGUUGCUGGGUAGUAUGGCUUGAUCAGGUCGACAGUAGGCCGCAGUUCAAUCUUAUCUAAGUAAGAUACUGUAUUAUCAAGAAGACUCAAGCAGCUUAAGGAGUAACAAAAAAUCACAUCUGAGAAAUAAAGAACAUU